AUGGGAAACUUCAAAGCAUUGUUUGAAUUCCCAAGAACAAUCGGUUCCGAAGAUGUUGAAGUUCAAGAGCGGUGCCAAACAAGAGCUACAAAAGCUGAGUAUAAUUUGGCUUGUGCCGUGCCAGAAGAUGGUGCAAAUCAUACCACUACAAAGUCUCCCACAGCAUUUCCUCCACUUCAAGAUCUUGCUACAUUAAAUUCCAUCCCAAGUAUUUGUGGAGGCCAAAAUCUUGACAAUGAUAUCAUUGAAGCUUUAUUUGAUGACAACGAUCGGACCAUAUCCAUUCUUUCUGGCAGUGGUGAAAUUCUUUCUUUAGUUGAUGGAGAAAAUGUCAAUCCAUGUGAAAGGGAAGUUAAUUCUAAAACAAACCCUUCAUGUGCUAUACAAGCAAGACAAGAAGCUAUUAAUAAUUCUGUUAUGAAUACUCUUCCUGAGCCUUAUGGAUUUGGUGAAGCGCGAUCUCCAAGACUAAUGUCGAUGUUUUCAUCUAUCUUAGGUAUAUUUCAUUAG